CGUGUGCAAAAAGUCUAUGAGGUAUUAAUAAAUCCAUAGAAUGGGCUUUAUGCUGGGCAAGCAAAAUAAAGUAUUUGUAAUAUAUCUAAAGCCCUGCAUGAAGUUGUCAAAUUUGUGCAACUUUUCCAACACUCAGUUGGAGCCAGUGUCAGUGGCAGUUGUCAGGUGGAAAAUACUUAGUUUUCCAUUGGAAACACACCCCGUUGAGAGUCGAGAACCACCACCAUGAGUGCCAGCGAGGGCAUCAGUCUCCCGGGCAACCAGGACACCAGUCCGCCGCUUGAAAAACAUAAACAAAAGCCCAAGCAGGGCAGAAAGAAGUCCAGAAGUGCCAAAAACAGUGUUCCAGUUCCCAGUCCGAUGGACGCGAAAGCCACUGCCAGCUACUUCAGUUUGAGCAUCACGGGCCAAAUAGUCUCGGCCACGUUUCCCCUGGGUCCCGACAAGGAGUUUGUCUUCCUGCGCUACGAGCUGGUCGCUGGUCCCGACUGGCAGCUGUCCUCCGGACCCCGGCACGGGCUCACCCAGAUGGCCACCAACCGGAGGGGCCACUUCAACGAACCGAUCGUCUUCAACAUGCCCAUCGAGGUGACCUACAAGAGCACCAGUCCCUUUGGCUGUGGGGCCCCAGAUCCUGGCGAGCGUGUUCGGACGCAAUGGAGCGGGUCGGGAAGUGCUGCUUGGCUACGCCCACAUCCACCUGCCUGUGUUUGGGGCUCGUCGUCCGGCGGAGCAGACGGAGCUGCUGCAGGCGCCCAUCCUGAUGCCCAAGUGCCCCAACAUGAUGGCGGACAUCACCAGCUGGCUGCUGCGCCGCGAGCCGGAGCUGAAGGACCCCAAGGUCCUGCUGGACAGCCAGAAGUGCAAGGGCCUGUCCAUGGAGUCCUACGGCAGCCUGCAGUUCCAGCUGGCCUCCGUGAUGAGGGGCGCCCGCAAGCUGGGCUACCAGUGGCAUUCCUGAGGAGGAGCAUUCCAACCCAGAUGUGGUGUGUCAGUUAACGUGAACUUGGCGAGGCAGUAAAGCGUUUGUGUUAAUCUAA